ACAGGCCGAACGUUUUCCCCCGUGACGGCGUCCCCGUUCUUUUCCGCAUCCGAGAGGGAAAAAAGUUGGAGAAACUGACGUGUGUUUUUUUUUUCGGAACGUAGCGAGUGGUAGAACAAUACCUGCUUCUAUGCUAUUCUCAACAACAUUGUUCAAAUCAGUUUACCCUCACCUUGGCCAACCAUUUCACAACCGCAACCGCAACCACAACCGCAACCACAACCACACAUACAUACAUAUACCCCUGAAUAAUAUCUAAAACCCAACCCAACAGCCCACCAUGCCCGUCGACCGCACCAAGAACCGCUCCCUGGCCAUGCUGGACAAGGCCUGGAAGGGCGGGUACGCGGUGCCGGCCAUGUGCUGCUACAACAUCGAGUCCAUCAUCGCGACCAAGCGGGCGGCCGAGGCGGCCAACUCGCCGGCCAUGAUCCUGCUCUUCCCCUGGGCGAUCGAGUACGCCGACUCGGCGCUGGUGCGGGCGGCGGCGGACGCGGUGCGCACCUCGACGGCGCCGCUGGCCCUGCACCUGGACCACUGCCAGACGCCCGAGAUGGUGCGGCGGGCGGCCGACUUUGAGCAGGGCUUCGACAGCAUCAUGUGCGACAUGAGCCACUACGAAAAGGACGAGAACCUCGCGCUGACCAGGGAGCUGUCCGACUACUGCCACGCGCGGGGCAUCGCCACCGAGGCGGAGCCGGGCCGCAUCGAGGGCGGCGAGGAUGGCGUCGCCGAGACGGCGGACCUGGAGGGCCUGCUGACCACGCCCGAGCAGGCCGAGGAGUUUGUGGCCACCGGCAUCGAGAUGCUGGCCCCGGCGUUUGGCAACGUGCACGGCGAGUACGGCCCGCGGGGCAUCCAGCUCGAGUACGAGCGGCUGGCGUCGGUGAACCAGGCGGUCGGGGACCGGGUGAGGCUGGUGCUGCACGGCGCGGAUCCCUUCACCGAGGACAUCUUCCAAAAGUGCAUCGAGCUCGGCGUGAGCAAGAUCAACAUCAACAAGGGCAUGAACAAGCACUACGCCCGCGUGCAGGAGGAGAUGCGCGGCAAGCCCCUGACCAGCGUCAUCGACGCCGGAACCAAGGCCAUGCAGCUUGCUAUCGAGGAGUACAUGAGGCAGCUGGGCAGUGCUGGCAAGGCCUAGGUUGAGAGGGCAAAAGUCAAAGAAUACCUAUUGAAGGAAACUGUACUAGAGACGCUAUCAAAAAAAAUGGGACAAUAAUUUGCCAGUGACAUGA